AGGCGAAAUAAAUUGAAUUUGAUUUUAGUUUUCAUCAAUUUUCUUCCCUCCUUUAUCUUUCUCUAAACACUCGUCUUCAUUUAUUUUUUUUCAGCAGCAUAUAAUAAAAUAAUACCCAUGGAAUCCCUGAAAAUGCAAUUAACGCCAGAAUUUCAUCAAACCCAAUUGCAUUUGAUGAACAAAUUUAGUUCCAAACUCAAACCCACUAUUGAUAUCAGGUCCUUGUGUGCCUCUUGUCAUUCGCAUACCCAGAAUCUCAAGAACCCUGAAAUCAUAGUUCCUGUCAGAAAGCGUAGGUCCGUGGCUUCUUCCAAUGAUCAACUCAAGGAGAAUUGGCUGGCUUCAAUCUCUUACUCUACUCCAGGAAAUACCCAUCUUUUGAAUGAAGACAAAAUUGACAGCUCCAGAUGGUUCCUUGGAAUCGACCCAGAUGUUUCUGGCGCUGUUGCGUUGUUGAAAAUCCACGAUUCUGUUUGUUCGCCUCAGGUAUUUGAUUCUCCUCAUGUGCAAUUACUUGUUGGUAAAAGAACACGAAGACGUUUAAAUGCCAAUUCUAUUGUUCAGUUGGUCCGUAGUUUUGAUGCCCCACCUGGAACUACUGCAUAUAUAGAGCAGUCAAUCCCUUUCCCCAAAGACGGGAAGCAGGGCUGGUGGAGUGGAGGAUUUGGGUACGGGCUGUGGAUUGGGAUCUUAGUUUCCGCAGGAUUUACUGUUGUUCCAGUGCCAUCUUUUACUUGGAAAGCUAAGUUUGAACUCUCUGGAAGCAAGACUGCAAAGGAUGAUAGCAGGAAACUUGCAUCCACAUUAUUUCCAUCACUGAGUUCCCUGUUAAGCAGGAAAAAAGAUCACGGAAGGGCAGAGGCUUUGUUAAUUGCUGCAUAUGGCAAAGACCAAAACAAAAGUCAUGAACAUACUGAGGCCAUCAUUGACAAAUUGGAAACCUGAAAAUUUACGAAUUUAUCAACUCCUUUCGCCCCUUCCAUUGAUCUGACUGCCGCCAAUUGUAACGGUUCCAAUUGCUAUUGUAAAUGUAUUCCCAAGUUAUUUAUUAUUAUAGAAAAUAUCAAGAGCUUAUUAAGAAUCUAUUUGGAAUUUAUCUUUAUGAUAUAGUAUUACAGUCCGAUUUCUGAGUUUGAAGUAUGAGAAUGUAGUAACAUUAAUUAAUAUCUUUAAAAGAAAAAUGUUGUUGCUCAUGUAA